CGCGAAGGACACUGCUACUGCAUGCACAACCAGAUACAAGACACGGCAGCGUAGUCGUGCAAAAAGGGAGAGCGACGAUGGAGGGAGCCGCAGAGCGUAGUAACUUGUUUGAGGACCUUUCCGUCGCCGCAAUUCCGAGCAACGCAUUGAGCAGCCACCAGUGUACUGCGCUGCUCGGCAUCGUCGAAGCACUCGGCGCGAGUGUCGUCCGUCUCCGCAACAGUGAUCGCCACAUCGAAGCCCUCGAGUCCGUCACGCAUAUCAUCUCCACCGACAUUGAUUUUCCACAAUACAACGCAGCGAUAGAAUCAGGGGUUACUGUCGUGAAGCCAUCAUGGGUGUACACAAGUCAAGCAAAGAACAAGCAGGCAGGAGCCAGGCAGCACAGCCCAGACCCGAGCCAAUACUUCCAGGAUGUGGUUCUGACUUGCGGAGACCUCCCGGACGGCGACAAAGAUGCUAUCAUCGCCGGAGUGAUGGCUCUAGGGGGGCAGUACAGCGGACCACUUACUAAGAUUACUACGCAUAUUGUUACAUUGGACGACGAUGACGACAAGUGUCGGAUGGCCAUAGCGAAGAAUGUGGACUGCAAGAUAGUGCUCCCGCAUUGGUUCGAUGAUUGCCUGAAGCUUGGCAAGAAGAUCAGUGAGAGGCUGUACACGUUUCCAGAUCCGCCAUAUCGGCAGUUACGCCUACCAAAGCCCGCUAACAGUGAUGCGCCUGAUCUGGAAGGAGCGACAACUGCGGUGCCGACGGGGUCCGUCUUACGCACACCGCCGCCUUCACCUUCUGACAGACGCAAGAAUUUGAAUGCGUUCAUGUCAAAGAAGAUCAAACUCUCGGCGGACUUGCAGCUUGGCGAACACCUUCGUGAUACGCUCAGGCAGCUCAUCAAUCAUGGCGGUGGCACGCUUACAGAGAACGUCAACCAAGCCGACAUCUACAUCGGUCAAUUUCGAGACGGCGCAGACUAUGUUGCUGCAGCUCGCGCUCGGAAAGAGGUCGCCAGCCUUUCUUGGUUGUACCAUGUUAUCAAUCAGAACAAGUACACUAACCCUCUUCGCAAGCUGAUGCACUAUCCUGUGCCGCGCAACGGCAUCCCAGGAUUCGAGAACAUGAAAAUCAGUAUCUCGAACUACAAUGGCGACGCUCGAACUUACCUCGAGAACCUAGUCAAGAACUGCGGCGCAGAGUUCACAAAGACCAUGAAGCAGGACAAUACGCAUCUUAUCACAGCUCAUACACGUAGCGAGAAGUGUGAAGCCGCUCAGGAGUGGAACAUCCACAUCAUCAAUCAUCUGUGGUUGGAGGAGAGCUAUGCCAAAUGUACUGUUCAAACGCUGGCGAAUCCUCGGUACACGCACUUUCCGGCCGGAACAAACCUUAGUGAGGUGUGCGGCCAAACCCCUCUAGAUAUGAAGAAGAUCGAACAAGUACACUUCCCACCGCCACGGGAGUCGCCGAAAAAGGCUGUCCGCCCGCCUGAUGCGCAACCAAAGCCACGGCCAUCACCGCGGAAGACAGUGCCCGCAUCUAACGUGGCAACCACGCCAUCAAAACUCGUUCUUCCCGGUGCGCCUACGCCUCUCGCUGAAGCCGCAGAAGACGAACAAGAUGACGAGGAACAAACCCGGCAUGCUAUUCAUCUGGAGGCUUCGGGCUUGGACAAUGGUACCGCCGUUCCAGACGCAGACCCACGAACUGCAAAGAAGCCGCGCGGUAGACCACGCAAGUCGCUGGCAACGCCGCGGACGGCAGAUGAUGAGAAAGAGAACUUCUCCCCAAUGAUCACAACCAGCGGCCGCGCUGCGAAAGCUGUAGGUCUAGAGAAGACCCAUGCUCAAGCUCUUGAUAUGCUGCAGUUUCAAAAAGAAUGCAAGCGCAAGGGCGGUGUCGUUUACGGUGGGCGGCGCUCUGAGCAUUCAGAUGACUUCGUUUCGUCGCCAUCAGCAGCGCCUGCCAGCAAGAAGCGCAAGAGUGACGCAUCGGAUUAUGAGGCUACUGCUGAGGGUAGCGAACUGAGUGACGGAGAGACACAGCCAAUCAAGGCAGGCAAGAAGGCAAAAACGGCAGCGGCAAAUGUCAGCUUGCCACCUGUCAUGUUCAGGAUGAUGACCACAGGCGAUGACCGCUGGCAUGGCAAUCUGAAACAGGAAGACGUCGACAAAACCAAGCUUCGAAUGCUGGGCGUGGAGGUCACGCAAGAUCCGUCGCAGGUCAACAUACUGGUUGCGCCCUCGAUCAAAACGACUCGCAAGUUUGUUGCUGCGAUCGCCAACGGUCCGAUUGUGGUGGACCCGACAUAUCUUGAUGUUGCACUCAACCAGAACAAGCUCGUAGACGAUCCAAAGCUCCUGCAGGACGAGCUGGGCGAAACUACCUGGAAGUUCAAGCUUGCCGACGGGCUCGAACGCGCCAAAGAGAACCAGCACAGGCUGCUUACAGGGUGGUCCAUCUUCGUGACAGAAAGUAUCGCGGGAGGUUUCGACACGUUCAAAGAGAUCAUCAUCAUCAACGGCGGUGAUGCAUAUCUUUACAAAGGUCGUACCGGCCUCACGCUGCCAAAGCGCCGGAUCCACCAGCAUUCAAACGGCGAUGGAGAGGGUUCGGAGCAGCAGGAGGGUGACGACGAAUAUGAUUUCGUCUACCUUGUGUCCGGUAUGGACAAGGCCGACAUUAAGCUGUGGAAGACAUUUCGCACUCUGGCUGAGAAGCAGGGUCUUCGAGCUCGCAUUGUUAAGAAGGAGUGGCUGCUGAGUGCGGCGUUGACCCAGGAGAUCCGAUGGAGCGAAGAAUGGCUGCUUCACGAGGCGGCGUUGACCGACCAGCAUUGAUUGGGAAGGUGGUUGACUCCGGUUCCGUGUAUAUUGACAUUUGAUGCUAGGCUGAGAACCUGAUAUUCGGCUUUGUCGAGUUUGCGCUUGACGUCUCGAAAUUGCUGUUCCAACACGCAAUGGGCAAAGCUGCUUUGAGCGAGACGAUCAUGCCUAGGUCGAGCUCAAGCACACGCAAAGUUUUCUUCUUAAUCCAGCAGCAUGACCUUGGCUGCAUGCCUACCGAGAGUCUAACAAGUUGCUCGCCGUUGGUGGAACAGUGUUGUGCACAUGUCGUGAAGAACGUCACGCCUUCAGAAAAACUUCACACCCGCAUUCUCCUCCUGCCCGAAAACCUGUGCUUUCCCUCUCUUCACAAGCACAUUCAACACCUUCCUCAGCAUUCCUUCAUCCAUGUCUCGCCACUCCUUGUUCCUCACAACAUCGCCUUCUCGCAAUUCAUAGAUCGUCAACACCGCGCCCUUCUGCCCUAUCUCAUCCACCCAGCCGUACAA